CUUCACAUUUUUUUUCAAUUUCUUCACUGUUAGACGGAAAAAUUCCCCGUUUCUGUAAACUCGAAUUCAAUUUCUCGUACUGUAUAUUGAAUUCCAAACGUGUGUUAUAGCUUCCGUUCAAUGGCAUCUGUUGACACCGACGUGACUAUGGUUCCGGCCGGCGAGGGUUCCGCCGGUGCCGGAGCUUCAUCAUCAUCUUCCACUAAGAAGGCCAAGCGUUUUGAGAUCAAAAAGUGGAACGCCGUCUCUCUAUGGGCUUGGGAUAUUGUGGUAGAUAACUGUGCUAUCUGUAGGAACCACAUCAUGGAUCUCUGUAUUGAAUGUCAAGCUAAUCAAGCUAGUGCAACAAGUGAGGAAUGCACAGUGGCUUGGGUGCCAUGGACUGCAUUUUCUGUGAAUUUUGGAAUUUUAAGGGGAGUUUGCAACCAUGCGUUCCACUUCCACUGCAUUAGUAGGUGGCUCAAGACACGUCAAGUCUGUCCUCUUGACAACAGUGAGUGGGAGUUUCAGAAAUAUGGUCACUAGAAUUUGCUGCUCCUAUACAGGAAGUGGGAUUUUCAGAAAUAUGGUCACUAGAAAUUGCUGCUCCUGUACAAGAAGUGGGAUUUUCAAAAAUAUGGUUAUUUUGAUCAGAGUAUACUGAUUGAAUUACCCGCCUAGGUACAUUCCUUGAUUGGAAACUCUAACAAAGCUUUUGUGCUUUUAGUUCAUAGACGUGACUGUGGAUACGACUUCACUUUUUGUUGGCACUUCGUAAUUUUGAGAUGUGAUAUUACCAUGUGAACUUUUGCUAUUUUGGAUGUGCCGUUGAUUCUUUCAUCAAGUAAUUCGGUCAUCUUUUUGGUUAA